UGAUACCUGAUCAGUGAACAAAUAAUUAGCGUUGGUGCGAAUUGAAAAGCAAAUUUCUUAAAUACUGUUUUCGCAGGACAAAAUGCGUGAUAUCAGUAGCAUGGACGUGGAUCAACCACGGGGCGAAGGAUUUCGGUCCUAUUACGUGCAGAAAAUCGAAGAACUGCAGUUAAUCGUGGCGGAGAAGAACCAGAACUUGCGCCGCCUCCAGGCCCAACGCAAUGAGCUGAACGCCAAGGUUAGAAUGCUGCGGGAGGAGCUUCAAUUGCUGCAGGAACAGGGCAGCUACGUUGGUGAGGUGGUCAAACCGAUGGACAAGAAGAAAGUGCUGGUAAAGGUGCACCCGGAGGGUAAGUUUGUCGUUGAUAUUGACAAAAACAUCGACAUUAACGACGUGACACCCAACUGCCGGGUGGCACUGCGCAACGAAAGCUACACGCUCCACAAGAUCCUGCCGAACAAAGUGGACCCCCUGGUGUCGCUGAUGAUGGUGGAAAAGGUGCCCGACUCGACCUACGAAAUGGUCGGCGGGUUGGACAAGCAGAUCAAGGAAAUUAAGGAAGUGAUCGAGCUGCCCGUCAAGCACCCAGAACUGUUCGAUGCGCUCGGAAUCGCGCAACCGAAGGGUGUGCUUCUCUACGGGCCUCCGGGUACCGGCAAAACGCUGCUGGCGCGUGCCGUUGCGCAUCACACCGAGUGUACCUUCAUUCGGGUGUCGGGUUCCGAGCUGGUGCAAAAGUUCAUCGGCGAGGGCUCCCGUAUGGUGCGCGAGCUAUUUGUGAUGGCCCGUGAACACGCUCCGUCGAUCAUAUUCAUGGAUGAAAUCGACUCGAUCGGCUCGUCGCGUAUUGAAAGCGGUAGCGGUGGCGAUUCGGAAGUACAGCGUACGAUGCUGGAGCUGCUGAACCAGUUGGAUGGGUUCGAGGCAACGAAAAACAUUAAGGUCAUCAUGGCCACCAACCGCAUCGACAUUCUUGAUCCGGCACUGCUGCGCCCCGGUCGCAUCGAUCGCAAGAUCGAGUUCCCGCCACCAAACGAGGAAGCCCGUCUGGACAUCCUGAAGAUACACUCACGCAAAAUGAAUCUAACGCGUGGCAUAAAUCUUCGGAAAAUUGCCGAACUGAUGCCGGGAGCGUCUGGAGCCGAAGUCAAAGGCGUCUGCACCGAAGCGGGAAUGUACGCGCUGCGCGAGCGCCGAGUUCAUGUCACACAGGAGGACUUUGAAAUGGCCGUGGCCAAGGUUAUGCAGAAAGACUCGGAGAAAAAUAUGUCCAUCAAGAAACUGUGGAAGUAGAGCCCUUCUCAAAAUCCGUUGUACCCCUAACUCAAUCUACAAGCUUCUGCAUCAAUAAAGCGAAUAAGCGAUCUAUUAG